AUCGCCAAGCCUGACAUCCCCUAUGCUAAAAUUGGCUCUUACUUCACCGUCCGCGAGCACUUUCCGCCCCCGCCCCAGGAUACGCCCAACAUCCGUUUGUCUGGAGUCGAGCAGGAGCGACGAAUGACCACGGACAUUCUGACCCGGUGUAUCGACAACAAUCCUGUUUCUGGUGAGAUGGGCACGCGGCAACUCACUCUCCGGACCCUUAAUGUGCUUCAGGUCCGCGAUGGCUCGACUUCGCAGGUGGCACUGGUUAAAAUCAUUAAGGGUCAUCUCGCCAACGUGCAGGCGGUCGCCAAGUUCUAUGAUCCGCUGUACUAUAACCACCAGAAAGCUAUGGUUGAUCCAUUCCGCUGUGUCGAGGACGAAUAUACCCGGGAGACAGCAGCUUACCAACACCUGCAUAAGCAUGGUCUGAGUGACUAUAUCCCCCAGUUCUGCGGAUCCUAUUCGCUUGACAUACCAGUUCCCAAUAGGGGCAUUCGCCAAGUGCGUCUGAUCCUCGUGGAGUUCAUGUCGGGAUCACCGAUGAGCCGUCUUCGUCCCGGCCGAAUCGCCGUGGAGACCCGACAACACAUCUUGGAGCAGAUCGUUAGAGCCGAGUCCAAAUUCUACGCCGUCGGCCUGCGACACAAGGAUAUCUACAGACGCAACAUCAUGGUCGAGGAUACCAUAACUGACGUUCCAACCUGCCGACCGUACAUCACUAUAAUUGACUUUGGACGAGCGUAUAUCAAUCACCCCACUCGCGAAUCUCGCUGGUCGCAUGAGGACCGCCUCCUCCCAAUUUACAUCACUCCUAUCAUCCGCUGGUAUCGCGGCUCUGUGUCAAAGCAGAACGAUUUCAUUGACUGGUGUGAUUGGGACUGGAAGGACUGGCUGCGCAAAACAUUCGCC